UUCAAGAUAUUCUAAGAAAAAAUGACUUUAACAUUACGAUCUUCUACUUCGUUCAUCAAUCUGAAAGAUACCAAGAUCAUAAAGGCACCCCUUCUUGAAGAUCUCCAUGGCAUAAUCUCCUUCAAGCAAGCAAAGCCACUGAGCCGUCUUCGAAUAAGGAGCUCCCUACAAGAGACUAGGAUUGAAAGAGGGGGUGAAAAGUUGGAGAAACUUCAUUCUCUAUCUUCAAAUCAUCACACAAAUGACUUGAGAGUUCCUGUGUUUGUUAUGCUUCCACUUGACACGGUUACGCUUGGAGGGAGUCUGAACAAACCUCGGGCGAUGAAUGCGAGUUUAAUGGCGUUGAAGAGUGCAGGGGUGGAAGGAGUUAUGGUGGAUGCUUGGUGGGGAUUAGUGGAGAAAGAUGGACCUAUGAAAUACAAUUGGGAAGGCUAUGCUGAGCUUGUGCAAAUGGUUCAAAAGCAUGGCUUGAAGCUUCAAGUAGUCAUGUCUUUUCAUCAGUGUGGAGGGAAUGUUGGAGAUUCUUGCAGCAUUCCUUUACCACCAUGGGUGCUUGAAGAAAUAAGCAAGAACCCGGAUCUUGUUUACACCGACAGAUCAGGGAGGAGGAAUCCGGAAUACAUCUCGUUGGGAUGUGAUUCUUUACCUGUUCUUAGAGGAAGAACACCAAUCCAAGUUUAUGCUGAUUACAUGAGAAGUUUCCGAGACCGAUUUAGAGACUACUUGGGAGAAGUUAUCACGGAAGUUCAAGUUGGGGCUGGUCCAUGUGGGGAACUCAGAUAUCCAUCUUAUCCAGAAAGCAAUGGAACUUGGAGAUUUCCAGGAAUUGGGGAAUUCCAAUGCUAUGACAAGUACAUGAGAGCAUCCCUUGAGGCAGCAGCAGAGGCCAUUGGAAAAAGAGAUUGGGGAAGCAGUGGAGGACCUCAUGAUUCUGGUCAAUACAACCAAUUCCCUGAAGAUACUGGCUUCUUCAAAAAGGAAGGAACAUGGAAAACCGAAUAUGGCGAAUUCUUCCUUGCGUGGUACUCGAGCAAGCUAUUACAGCACGGUGAUAGCAUAUUAGCAGCUGCAAAGGGAAUUUUCCGUGGAACUGGUGCAAAACUAUCAGCAAAAGUAGCAGGAAUUCAUUGGCAUUAUGGUACUCGUUCCCAUGCUGCCGAGUUAACUGCUGGAUACUACAACACUCGACACCGAGACGGGUACUCACCUAUUGCAAAAAUGUUAGCUAAACAUGGAGUUGUGUUCAACUUCACUUGUAUGGAAAUGAGAGAUGGACAACAACCUGGCCAUGCAAAUUGCUCACCAGAAGGAUUGGUUAGACAAGUGAAAAUGGCUACAAGAGAUGCAAAGGUUGAACUUGCUGGUGAAAAUGCAUUAGAAAGGUAUGAUGGAGCAGCUUAUGAGCAAAUUUUAGCCACGAGUAGGUCAGAUUCUGGAAAUGGUUUGGCUGCAUUCACUUACUUGAGAAUGAACAAGAACCUUUUUGAACCAAACAAUUGGAGAAACUUGGUUGAGUUCGUAAAGAGCAUGUCGGAAGGCGGUCGAAACCGGAGACUUCCGGAGUCAGAUUGCUGUGGCAGUGAUCUUCAUGUUGGAUUCAUCAAGGAGAAGAAGAUCAAGGAAGUUGCUGCGGUGUAGAUAUGAAACAAGAACAUAGUUAUGAUAGUGUGUUAUAAUUUUUUAAAGAAAAGGAGAAAAAGAAAAAGAGAAUAGGAAAGUCAAAACUCUUAUAAUAUUUUUACCCUCAUACUUUUAUUUGUAAUGAGGUGAUCUUUAUACUUCCAAAAUUGUAAUUAUUGAGUCCCUCAGUAAAACAGUUGGAUGAAGAAGGGAUCUCUAUAUAGAUAAUAUAGGUAAGUGAAUGAAGUGGAAAAAUCUGCAAGAUCCAAAAUCAUAUGUUGUUCAAUAAUGUUCAAAUUCAUGAGUUGUAAAUUACAAUGGAGUUCAUUAGUUAA